AUGGGCAAGCUCCACCUCUACCUCGCCAGCUACGACGACACGCGCACGUCUACUCCUCACCUCCGCAUCCACUGGGCCCUCCUCCUCGCCCCGGCCCCACAAAGGGAGGACGCGCGGUCGCUGGCACGGCCGAGCACGCGAUACCACGCCACGCGCCGCAACGGCCUGUGGGCGUUCGAACGGCGGGCGGUCGAGUGCGCGCGCACGCCCGUGAUGGUCGGCCGCGUGCCGGUGCGCGCGGGGGAGGAGGACGACGGGUGGGACUGCCGGUCGUGGGUGGCGGACGCGUUGAGGGCGUUGGUGCGGGAGAGGCUGGUGCGGGCGAAGAGGCCGCUGGAGACGGAGGAGCUGUUCGGCUUUGCGCGGCGGUUCUCGGAGGACGUCGUGCGGAAGGAGUGCAAUGCGGGGCACGGGAUACCGGUGACCGCCGAUUACGCGGGGACGGAGCGGUGA